UUCUCUUCAACAACACGUGUGCGAUCGUUUUCUCCCUCCACUUUUGCGUUUUGUUUCAUUUCCCUCCAAAACCUGAAAAAUCUCACUUUGGGUUUAGGGUUUAAACCUUUCCCCUACUAAAUCUCACAAAUUAAAUCCAUUGCUCUGAAACCUAAAGCAUCUAGAAACCCUAUCUUCACCUAAAUUUAUUCAAAAAAAUGUCUCCAUAGAUGCAAAAAACUCCAUUGAUGUACCCUAAUUCACUGGAAUCCCUGCAAAACAUCCCAUAAAUUAAACCCAAAACCAGUUAAUUACAUUAACCCUAGGUCGCCAUUCUCAAACCUCGGCCUAACGCAUAUUCUUUGUGAAAAAAUGGCUCUAACUAGGGCUUCGACUCAAAGCUUGAGAAAUCAGAGCAAAAUUACACUGCCACUUCAAUAUCUGCGCUUCUAUGGUAGGGUUUCAGCUUCUUCAUCAUCGUCUCAGUUUUCGAAAGAGGUGGUUGCAGAGAACGAUGCACAAGAUGUUCAAUCAGAAGGGAUCAGCCGUCCAUUAUCUGAGAUCCUCAGAGAACUGAACAGGAAAAUUCCUGAUUCAUUCAUAAAGGUCAGAGUGGAAGAUGGGUUCUCCAUCAAAUAUGUUCCAUGGCAUAUUGUUAAUCGGAUAAUGAAUCUACAUGCUCCAGAAUGGUCUGGCGAGGUUAGGGGCAUCACAUAUUCUGCUGAUGGCAAGUCUGUCUCUGUUAUAUAUCGUGUAACACUUUACGGAACUGAUGCAGAGAUUUAUCGGGAAUCAACUGGGACUGCUCCCUUAGAUGAUACUGGUUAUGGAGAUCCUGUGCAAAAGGCUGAAGCCAUGGCAUUUCGUCGAGCUUGUGCACGGCUCGGCUUGGGGCUUCAUCUUUAUCACGAAGAUGCAGUCUAGGAUGGAACACCAUGUUACUUUUUGCCUGCUUUUUUGAAUGGUUAAGACAAGAAAGAAAAAGCAGCCCAAUUGCCUUUACUCAGGUAUGCACACUUCUCUCUAGUGCUUUCAAUUUUGGACAUUCAUACAAGCAUAUAGGGUAAGGGUAUCCUCCUGUUUAUGUUUGUAACUCGUGAAUUAAUCAAUCCAUGUAUAUUUGGUCGUGCCAUCUUUCAUGUGCGAUCAUUGUAAACCUCACUUGUGUUUGUAUGUGGAACUGUAACAUUGUUUUCCUA